AUGUGCGAGAAUGUUUCAACUGCGAAAAAGAAGGAGCCAACAUCCCCAAUAUUUACUUUUAUAAAUGCCGGCCUUUCGGGCAUGGCGGCAACCUGUGUAGUUCAUCCUAUGGAUGUAAUAAAAAAUCGGAUUCAAGUACAACAAGAAAGGACCUCUAUCGGUAAAGUGAUCGGCUCCAUAUAUCGCAACGAGGGAAUUUUGAAAUUUUAUUCCGGCCUUAGUGCUGGUCUCUUACGACAGGCGACGUACACCACUGUAAGACUCGGUAUUUAUAAUCAACUACAAGAAUAUUGGACGGAGAGGUACACAGGGAAACCUAGAUUCGGUGUAUUGGCACUGAUGGCAGCAACUGCAGGAGCUGCAGGCGCCUUUGUUGGUACACCAGCAGAAGUAGCCCUCGUAAGAAUGACAGCCGAUGGUAGAUUGCCAAAAGACCAACGAAGAAAUUACAAAAAUGUGUUUAAUGCGUUUACAAGAAUAGCCAAAGAAGAGGGCAUCACGACUCUUUGGAGAGGAAGUGUAGCGACAAUGGGUCGAGCAGUGGUUGUUAACGUAUCUCAGCUUGCGACUUAUAGUGAAACCAAAUUUUUAAUAGCUACCAAACUGCAUAUACCAGAGAGUGUUGGUCUACAUUUUUGUGCAUCCAUGUUAUCUGGAUUCCUUACAACAUUUAAUUCUAUGCCAUUCGAUGUUGCCAAAACGAGAAUACAAAACUUAAAAGGUGUUGGAAAACCACCUGGAAUAAUCAAGAUGUUGUUGUCGAUAUCGAAGACAGAAGGAAUAACUGCACUCUGGAAAGGUUUCUGGCCUACCUACUGUAGAGUAGGUCCUCACACAGUUUUAACGUUUAUAAUUAAUGAACAAAUCACGAAUUUGUAUAGACGGUACGCGACAUAG